ACUUCCGGUACAGUAGUAAAGUAUUCCAACAUGGCGCUCGCAUAUCUCGAGUGAGGAGUCUCCUUCGGCCUAAUUUCGAGUUGAAAAACUUUCUUUCGAUUUCUAAUCGUAAAAGAACAUUUUUUUUCACCCUCGCGUAUUGAUUCGGUUUGGACUGGCAUUUGGAAAUGAAGGAGAAAGACCGCUCGCCAGUGAGGAAACGCUCUCGGAUGCCAGAUGACUGCAAAGAGCGAAGAGGAAGUCUCCCUAGCAGGCGGACGGGAGAGUUGUUGGCCGUCGCCAGCAACAACGGCAACAGCUACGUCUCCGCCUCGUCCAGAAGAAGCUUACCGGGUGACAAAAGAGACAGUUAUUCGGACAUUCGGCCCGGUAAUGGCUAUGACUACGGAGUUCCGCCCGCCGUCCUCGCUUCACGCAGCGACCCGCGCUCCUCUGAAAGUGAGUACAAUACUCUUAAAAUUAGUGAACUGGGCUCGCAUCUGAACGACGAAGACAUCGAAGACGGACUAUUUCACGAGUUUAAGAAAUUUGGAAACGUGAGUGUGAAAAUGAGUCGGGAAAACGGCGAGAAGGUGGCGUUCGUCAACUUCCGGAAGCCCGAAGACGCCCGAGCGGCGAAGCACGCUCGAGGCCGACUGGUGCUCUUCGACCGGCCUCUCAAAGUCGACCUGGUGUACAAUAACCGGCGCAGGAGCCGCUCCCCGCUUUCCAAAGACAAUUUCCCAACAGGACAAAGACACGUGCCCCCGCAGAGAACACUUUCGCCUACCGGUUUGGGCUACAGGGACUUCCGGUUACAGCAAAUGGCGCUGAGCAAUCUCCCUCCUCCUCCCCUGCCUCACCUCACAGAUGUUGAAAGAGAUGCAUAUUACUCCCUAUAUGAUGCCAGGAAUCACGCUGCAUUCCUUCCAGAAUUCCACAAUGACAACUCGUCGGCGGACGACCAGAGGGCAAACAGGACGUUGUUCCUCGGCAACCUGGACGUCAGCUUGACAGAGAAUGACCUGCGGCGAGCGUUUGACCGCUUCGGCACCAUAACCGAAGUAGACAUUAAGCGAGCGGCGCGCGGCCAGAACAAUUUUGGUUUUGUCAAGUUUGAAAAUCUCGACAUGGCCCAUCGAGCCAAAGUGGCCAUGUCGGGGAAAAUGUUGGGCCGCAACCCCGUUAAAAUUGGAUAUGGCAAGCCCACACCCACGACCAGGCUGUGGGUGGGAGGCCUCGGCUCGUGGGUUUCCCUCUCCGCCCUGGCUAAAGAGUUUGACCGCUUUGGCACCAUCAGGACUAUAGACUACAGGAAAGGCGAGUCCUCGGCUUACGUUCAGUAUGAGAGCCUGGAUGCCGCUCAGGCCGCGUGCGCCAACAUGCGAGGCUUCCCUCUGGGCAGCUCCGACAGGAGACUGCGAGUAGACUUUGCUGACACCGAGCAGCACUACAAACAACAGCAGCAGUACAACCAGCCCCCUCUGGCCCUCCCGCAUUACGACUCUAUCACUCCGGCGUUCGAUCACCGCUUCACCGACCCCAUCAGAGAGCGGUCGCCGUUGCUACCUCCUCGCUUCCGUGAGCGUGAGCUUUCCUCUCCGGCCGAAUGGUCCGGCUUGGGUGUCCACGAAAGGACGCGAGGGUCCGGCUUUCCGGCUCACCUGGAGAGACUUUCCCGUGAGCCCUGGACGGCGGAACGCGAGUGGGAGUUACAAAGAGGCGAAGGGAGUCGACGAAGACGACACCCGGAGCAUGCGUGGCGCACGGAUCGAUCCCCUGACCACAACGGCACGCCGCGAAAUGGCAGCCCAGUGAACGGAGGCGGCGAUAGCGAUGGCGAACGCUUGCCUCGCUCCGGUCGCCCAUCCCCGACGAGAGGGCGCCCAAACAGUCAGGACCGGAGAAGAAGACCUCUCAGCCCGACCGCAGCCCCCUCAAACUCCCAGAGGGAGCGUAAGCGCAAACCUGCCGACAAACUGAAGAGCCCGGCGGGGAAGGACGACGUCUCCGGACGCACAUCCGCUCAGAAGCUGAGUCACGUGUGGCAAGGUGUCCUCCUCCUGAAGAAUAGCAGUUUCCCCACAGCGCUGCACCUGCUGGAAGGCGACAUGGCGGUGGUCUCCAGACUGCUCCAAGAGGGCUCCAAGGACGUCCAAGCGUCUCAGCUGAAAAUCAGCCAGCGCCUACGGAUGGAGCCGCCCAAGCUGGAAGAGGUCUCCCGCCGCAUCAAGGCCGCCGGACCCGGCGGCUACUCCGUGCUCCUAGCCGUGCCCGUCAAAUCAGACGACGCGCCUCCAGACGGUAAAGACUCGAUGGAGCGCCCGCUGAAGAACCUGGUGUCCUACCUGAAACAGAAGGAAGCGGCCGGCAUUGUCAGCCUCCCCGUGGGCGGUGCCCGCGCCAAGGAGCACAGCGGCGUGCUUCACGCGUUCCCUCCAUGUGAGUUCUCUAUGCAGUUUAUGGAUGAGUCUGCAAAAGCUUUUGCUAAAUCAGAUGAUGACUACAUGGUGAUGGUAAUUAUUCGAGGGGCAUCGUGAGAAAAAAAAUGCAACUAGUGUCAUGAAGUGACAUUGUAAUUGAGGUUUCCCAAGCUGUCUUUCACUUGAGUUUGAAUUUGAACUGUUUUUGAACAUAUGCUGACCUUAGCGCUGUAGUUCGCAUUGGAUGCUCAAGCUAUUUAAACAGAAAUGCAUUGUCAUAAAGCAAACUUAACUUAUUGGCUGCCAUUGACAUUGACCACACAGUAACUUACUAACAUUUUCAACACUGAAAUUAAGGAAACACACCCAAAACUUUGGCUUGGAAGCUAUUGAAUGGUUGCUGCCAACCCUCCCCAGUCAAAAUUUGAUUGGACGUAUAUUGCUGUCAAUGGGGCACUGGGGCAUGCAAUGCCAGCAAAAGUUAAAAAACAUUUGAUGCCUAUUGCUGUCAAUGGCUGUGAGUGAGUUAAGUACCUCAAUUUUUUUUUUAGUAAAAAAAAAGUCUUAAAAAUGUUUUAAGUCAACCUGAUUUGUGGCAUUCCCCAUAAAUUUGAGAAUACAUACGGAUUACUUAAAAAAAAAAAAAAAAAAAAAAAUCCAUUCUGAGGCACAUUUGGAGGUUUUGUAACAUGGUGAAAAUUGUGAGUGCAACAAGCAGCCAUCCUUAGAAGAGCAUGCAUUGGAUUACGUGCAAAUUAUUUGUAUUUUCUUAGAAUUUGUGACGUAGCGCUUUUGUGAACUGUCUCAUCUUAUUACUUUCAUUAUUUCCGAAUUGACAAAUGUCCUCAUAACAUUCAAUAUUUCCAUUGAAAAAGGACAGUGAAUAGUGUGACAAUUGUUGUCUGAAAACAUUUAAUGAGCCUGAAACACCCGCUUAAUCAAUCCACCAAUGUCAAAGAUUUGUUAUCUGUCAACUUUGGGUUUAAUCAGCAACAAAGUGUAUAGAGUUUUAAAAAAAUGCAUUGAGGAUUUGUGUGGUUCAAAUAACAUCGCUUGUCUAGAUUGGACUCAUUCAGUGAUCAGAAUUGAGAGGGGAUGCUUGGCACUCCUCCCUCAAAUGGGACUUCACAUUGUUUCCCUGUUAUGUCUUGUUUUAUUGUUUGUUUUUGUUUUGUCCAAAUGGAACGUGUGUGCUGUGUACUCAGGAAAACCAGACACUCACAUGGAGAGCGGCCGUGCUCGUGAGGAGUAAGCAAAGUGCACUUCGCAGAUUGUGUCUCAAUAAAUUUGCUCAUUCGUGGGAACCUCAAGGAAACACUACAUUUGUGACCUUUUCUGUUCUCGGAUUUGUCUAUCCGGCGCUCAAGUCUGACGAGGCUUUGACAGUGGGAAUCUUCCCAGCAACCAGGAGAGGAAGUGUUGAGUUCCGAGGAAAAGAACCACUCGAAUCAGUGUGUUGAUUACAAUUGAUUGACCUCAUUUCAAUGUGAUUUCCAGGACGGCCUUUCGUAGGCCUCGGGUCUCAUUUGGACCACUGGCACAGAUGACACUAAGGGCAUGUUUGUUCGCGUCGUCAGGUUCUCUCAUCAAGAACCUCUUGCGAGGGCCGCACUUCACACACACGCAUUACGUCUGCGUCAGAGAGCAGCGCCGCCUUUAUUUGACAUUACCUGGAAUGGAACAAAAGCAGCCACGCAUAUGAGACCCUUAUUUUUAUCUGAUGUGAUGAGUUACAUAUCGUUUUUUUGUUAAAACAAAGUGUUGCUUAUUCUUCGUGACAUUAAGACUCAACAGUAGGAUCUCAGACAUUGCUAGUUCUCACCGUCAAAUGUGGGACCUGAAUAUCUCUACAAGGAUUCAACAACUCCUGGUGCUGUGAUUUGGAGACAUUCACUUGUCAUCCUCAGGCAUUGGCAAUUAUAAAGCUACAGAUGGGAUUUUGGACCAACUAUAAGAACCAGACAGAGCACGUUAGCAGAGGUAGGCCACCGUCUUGUCUUUUAACCAUUUUCUGUUGUGCUCAUCUUUUACAGUAUUGUGUUAGAGAUAAGAUUCACAGCUGAGGUGACAUUGGCAGUUCAGUUAAGUGUUUCAAGUGAUCCAUCACAUUCAUCCUUACUGAGAGACAACAUUUCAUUAUUAAGGAUAGACCAUGCCUGCUUUGGUGAGUAUAGUUUCAAUGUGUAUUAUUAAUUACAGUGCUAUUUCAUCCACUUGUUCUCUACAUUGUGUUUUGGGUUUGCUGUU